AUGUGGCUCCUCGCCGUGACGACAACUUUCUGGGGAUUGUUGCUGGCGCCAGGAUUUGCUCUGCAAAUACAGUGUUAUCAGUGUGAGGAAUUUCAGCUAAAUAAUGACUGUUCGGCACCAGAGUUCAUUGUGAAUUGUACUGUGAAUGUCCAAGACAUGUGUCAGAAGGAAGUAAUGGAAAAAAGUUCAGGGAUCCUGUAUCGCAAGUCCUGUGCCUCCUCUGCAGCUUGUCUCAUGACCUCUGCUGGAUACCAGACUUUCUGUACUCCAGGGAAGAUAAACUCUGUUUGUAUAAGCUGUUGCAACACUCCACUUUGUAAUGGGCCCAGGCCAAAGAAGCGAGGAAACGCUGGCAUCAUGCCUAGGGCAGGAGUAUUAACAACCAUGCUGCUGUCUAGCUUGCCGUUUCUAUCACCCGCACUUUGCUAAACUCUAAGGGAAGAUUUCCUUUGUUGCCAUCA